AUGACUUGGGACUUGAUUAAGCUGAACGACGGGUACAGCAUCCCGAGCAUUGCCUAUGGCACUUGGACACUCGGACAGGGACAGUCGACUAUCGACCAUGUCGAUGAGGCUCUCUCUGUAGGCUUCGAGCACAUCGACACUGCCCAGUCAUAUAGGAACGAAAGGGAGGCAGGCCUUGCAUUCGCGGAAAGUGGUCUGGCACGGACAGAUGUCUUCAUCACUACCAAGUACUCGGGAUUGGACGGCUUGGACGUCGAGACGUCUAUCCAAAACAGUCUGGAAAAUCUCGGUGUGAAGUAUGUGGAUCUCUACCUCAUCCACUCCCCUGGUUUGGCCCGGCCGGACAUCCCUACUGCUUGGGCGAAGAUGGAGAAGAUCAAAACUGAUGGUUUAGCGAAGAGCAUCGGUGUGAGCAAUUUCAACGUGCAGCAGCUCGAAACGCUCCUUGCGUCCUGUAAGGUCAAACCUGUCGCGAACCAGAUUAUCUUUCAUCCAUAUGCUCUUGAGCAACAGUGGCCUAUCGUCGAAUAUGGAAACAACCAUGGCGUUGUCAGCGAGGCGUAUAGUGCCCUUAUCCCACUGACCCGCCAACCUGGUGGUCCCGUUGAUGCUCCAGUCGAAGCUAUCUCAGAGCGCCUCAACGCGAAGCCUGAGCAGGUUCUUCUUGCGUGGGCGAAGGCCAAGGGCACCGUGGUCGUGACUUCGAGUACGAAGAAGGAGCGUAUGGAGGGUUACAUGGCUGCAGGAGAGCUGGAACUCACGAAGGAGGAUAUUGCCGCGAUCGACGCCGCUGGCAUCAUGGGUGCGCGUCGCAUCACCGCACGCACCUACCUCCGCCGGGCAGCCAUCGCAGCACUUGUCGGUGCCGUCAUACUCGGGGCUUGCAGCUGGAUGGGUCUGGACGUGCUGUGA